AGUCAAAUGUUAUCACUCUUGAGGCAGUGAGGGAGGAUACAUGGCAUUGGGAAAAGCUGGGAAGAUCAGAGCAAACUCCUCCAAAUAAAAUAAGAGGGAAGUUGACUUCGGGAUGUGUGAAUGACUUGCCCUUUAGGCCUAUAUAAACCCCACCACAUCGCCCAUUAGAUUGGCAAAACAGGAAGGCAGGCUUUAGUUCGAAACCUUUUUUGUGGUUCCUUACAGAUGAUGGAGCAGAAGAAGCCUUUGCUUCAGGUCUUGGCUCUGCUGUUCUUCUUGUCAUGCCUUCUUCUCCCUCUGGGUGCUUCAUCUCUAUAUGGGAACCUUGCUGUGAGGAACCAAGAACCACACCUUCCAGAGGUUACAGAUCAGGUAAUGGCCAGAGUAGUGAGAAUGAUGGAAGAAGAAAUGGCCAGGAUGGACAUUGAAGGUAAUGAUUAUCCAGGAUCAGGCGCAAACAAUCGCCAUGAUCCUGGGAGUCCUGGAAGAGCCUGAAUCAUAGUUGCUGCGAUUCUCAUGUGGAAAAAGGGGCCGUAGAAGUGAUGAUGUUAGUGAAUCUAGCAAAGUAGAUAGAGUUAUGAUUACAUGUAGCAUGCUCCAUUGGUCUUUGUAUUAAUAUAUCAACCUUAUAAGAGUAGACAAGGAUUGAUUAAUUUAAACCUUUAUGAGCUUCUUUUUUAUUGAAAAAAAUUAUUAGCCUUUCAAGUUA